ACCCUCCCACUCACUCUCACCCGCCCUCUACUACAAACCGCGUUCACGUUGACAGCAGACGGACGCGCUCACGUCUCAACAGGAAGUCGAUGUCGUUACUAGCAAAACGAACAAGAAGAAGAUAAGUAGUUGAUAAACUUUGCUAAUCCUUCUGCAGGUUAUUUCAGCUUCAGUAUUCAGGCUUGUUUACAAAGAGAUCUAAAGAUGUCGUCAGGUGCUCUGUUUCCAAGCUUGGUGAGUGGCUCCAGGGGAAGCUCCAGCAAGUACCUGGUUGAGUUUCGUGCUGGGAAAAUGACCCUGAAGGGGAACGUGGUGACACCGGACAAACGCAAAGGCACGGUGUACAUCCAGCAGUCAGACGACUCCCUGAUUCACUUCUGCUGGAAGGACAGGACAUCUGGGAAUGUUGAUGAUGACCUGAUUAUCUUCCCUGAUGACUGUGAAUUCAAGAAGGUGAGCCAGUGCACCACCGGACGAGUCUUUGUGCUGAAGUUCAAAGCCGGAUCCAAGAGACUGUUCUUCUGGAUGCAGGAGCCAAAGUCUGAUAAGGAUGACGAGUACUGUCGUAAAGUGAACGAGUACCUGAACAACCCUCCAAUUCCCGGAGCCGGAGGAAGCGGGGGAGGCAGCGGGCAUGAACUCUCUGCACUGGGAGGAGAGGGAGGCCUGCAAAACCUGCUGGGAAAUAUGAGCCACAACCAGCUGAUGCAGCUGAUCGGGCCGACAGGACUGGGAGGACUGGGAGGUCUGGGAGCUCUAGCAGGACCAGGACUCGCUAACUUGCUGGGCAGCGGAGGGCCAGCCACCAGCAGCUCCUCCUCCAGCUCUCGCAGCCAAUCAGCAGCUGCCACUCCUUCCUCAGGCGGGGCCACCAGACUGAGCACUACUCAGGCCCCAACCACCCCUGUGACUCCUGCUGCCUCGGUUGUCUCCCCUACUACUGUUGCUCCCUCCACACCAGCCUCAGCUCAGACCCCGCUGACCCCGGCCUCUGUCGGAAGCCCUGGCUCUCACCAGCCCAUCCAGCUCAGUGACCUUCAGAGCAUCCUCGCCACCAUGAACGUCCCAGCUACCUCAGCUGCUCAGGGAGCAGCAGUGGACCUAGCAAGCGUUUGCACCCCGGAGAUGAUGGCUCCCAUCCUGACCAACGCUGAGGUCCAGCAGAGGCUCCUGCCCUUCCUUCCCAGCGGAGAAAGUCUACCUCAGAGCGCUGAGGAGAUCCAGAACACCAUCAACUCCCCUCAGUUUCAACAGUCCAUGAGCAUGUUCAGCAGCGCUCUGGCCUCGGGGCAGCUCGGCCCGCUCAUGAACCAGUUCGGUUUGCCGGCUGAGGCUGUGGACGCCGCCAACAGAGGAGACGUGGAGGCGUUUGCCAAAGCCAUGCAGGGCAGUAAAGACGUGAAGAAGGAGGACGACGAAGACAUGAGUCUGGAUUAGAGCGCACACUGCCAAGCCUUUCCUUUAGGACCUUUUUCUCUUUAAAGUGGUCUUACACUUUUCUGUACCGAAUGCAACACUGCUGCUCACUCAGGAUGAAAAGUGUUAAGCAGAGCAGUUAACAUGUGUGUUUUUACGGUGAUUAUCAUUUAUCACCAGCUCUGUUGCAGUGUGUCAGCCUUACAUGUGAGUGAUUUCUUUCUAUUUAAAAGGCUUUUAUCCCCACCCCCUAAUUCACACUUAAUUAAAAUCAUAUUGGCAAACAAAAACAACUUGCUUCAAGACUCAUCUUUUUGAAAACGGGACUCAAAAGACCAGAUAGUGAAGUUUGUAUGAAAAAAAACUUUAUUAAAAAUACAUUUACAACACAUGGGGUGGGGGGUGGGGGGAGGCAGGAGUGAGGGAGAGGGACAGCUUAUUCAUUCUGUGAGAUAUUUCUUUAAAAAGUGGUUAUAUUACAUACAAGAUUCACACUCAUGUUUGGUACAUUUUUACAUUUGUGACGGAAAAGAGACGGGAACGCUGCCUGCGAACUGGACACGAGCCGACAGACGGGGUGUAAUGCGCUCGCGCUUCAUCUGGGAAUUAAUCCCGUGUUUGCGAUUUAUGAGGGUUUAAAAUACACUCACAAUAUAGCACUACAUUCAUACAUUUUAGGUUUAAUGACCUCAAACAACUGAUCAAUGAUUCAAGUCAUUAGAGCUUUCUUUUUCUCUGGCUUAAUUACAACUUAGAUGUUGUAAUGAAAACCAUUUAUGUGGGAAACUGGUAUUUACAGUAACUUCAACAGGACUUGAAAGCAGCAUUAUCAGAGGUUGAUAGAAAAGAUCUGCAGACAAAAAUCUGGGCUGCGUUCGAAAUCAAAUGACGCAAAGACAACACAUUUCUUGUACUUAAAUUGGAUCAUUUUUCUGUAAAAAACAAAA